AAGAUAAAACUCUCAUCUUGUUUUGCUUUUCUCUCAGUGACUUUCUCGCUCAAGUAUUUCCACACUGCGUCCUCUCAAGUUACAAACUUCCCAGAUUUUGUGGCCGUGGGUUACCUUGAUGACAUUCAGAUCGGUCACUAUGACAGCAACACAAGGAAAGCAGAAGCCAAACAAGAAUGGAUGAAGAACUUUACAACGGUGGAUCAACAUCACUUUGAGUGGCAGACAGAUUUAGGUAUUCGUAAUGAAGUGAUCGACAAAGAGGACUUGAAACGAUUACAGAAGCGCUUCAACCACACUGAAGGUCUUCACAUUUACCAGAAGAUGUACGGCUGUGAAUGGGAUGAUGAAACUGAUGAAAUCAAGAGUUGGGAACAGUCCAGUUAUGAUGGAGAAGAUUUUUUAGCAUUAGACACCAAGACAUGGACAUGGACUGCAGCAAAACCACAAGCCGUCCCCAUCAAACACACGUUGGACCAUGAUCGAGAUCUUAUGGCAUACUUAAAGUUGUACUACACUGGGAUCUGUGUUGAUAACUUGAAAAAGUAUGUAAGAUUUGGUAGCGACGUCCUAAUGAGAACAGAGCUUCCAGAGGUGUUUCUCCUCCAGAAGACACCGUCCUCUCCGGUCAGCUGCUUCGCGACAGGUUUCUACCCCAGCAGUGCAGCCUUGUUUUGGAGGAAAGACGGCAAGGAUCUCCACGAGAACGUGGUGCACGGAGAAAUGCUGCCCAACCACGAUGGAACCUUCCAGAUGACGGUGGAUCUGAAAGUGGAGGUGACGGCCGAAGUGGAGGGCAAGUACGAAUGUGUGUUUCAGCUGUCUGGUGUCAAAGAGGACCUGGUCACCAAGCUGGAGAGAAGAAGCAUCCUGAGCAACGCAAGUGAUGAAGACAACGUGAGGGUCACCGUCGGCGCCACGGUGGCGGUCUUCAUUGCAGUGAUCCUCGCCAUCGUUGUCGUAGUCGCCAUACGUCACAAGAACAAACAAGCCAAGUGUGAUCCAGCUGCUGGUGACGAUGAUACUGAGCGCUCAAAGAACUCAACGGAUGAAAGCAGUCGGAACACAGAUCUUUUGUGCACUGGGACACAGAGCGACCACUGAGGAGCGUGGUCACACUUGAAGACGAGAAGGAGAUGUGCUUUGCUCAUCAUCCAACUGCUCCUCGUGUUAUACUGUCUCUUUUUUUAUGUUUAUGGCUUCAAAAACGAGUUACGAUUAAAUGUUUUUGCUGCCUUUGGUGGGAUCACUUGCACUGUAACACUUGGAUACUUGUAAUUAUGUCUUUUAAUUUUUGUACACAGCUUUGUAAUUCAUUGGCCAAACGCUAUGCACCUCCCAAACACUAGAGGGCAAUUCUAGCCAUUUACCCUUUGUCAACCAAGAAGGAAAUGCUACAUACUAAUAGCAGUAACUGGUAGAAAAUGGGUCAAAUUGAUAACAUAACGUUCUACAGCUCUUACAUACAGACGGUAACUUAAAAAAGGAACAACUUUAUUAUUUAUUACCAACGGUAAAGCCAAGAUACAUCAUUGUGAGUUGUACUCUCACAUAGGAUGGCCAGAUCUUUCUACUUGAAAUUUGAGGCAUUGGUACACUUUUAUCUAUAAAGCCAUAAUUGGGCUAAUGACCUCUUACAUGUGCAAGAUAAUAGCACAAAGAAAUGUAAACUUGUAGGGCUGUGAAUCUUUGGGCACCACACGAUUCGAUUCAGAAUUGAUUCUCGAUUCAAAACCAAUACUUUUU